ACCGCCAUGACGUCAUUGUUCCCGUGACUGCGCACUGGCAAACGCCAUAUUGACUCCGUGGGCGUCGAGCUCUACUCUGAGGUUCUCAUCUUUGUUUACCUUCUUCGGCACAGAAUGGCAUCUCGUAAGAAGAUCCUUUUGAAAGUCAUUAUCCUGGGUGACUCUGGGGUUGGCAAAACAUCUCUCAUGAACCAGUUUGUCAAUAAGAAGUUUAGCAAUCAGUACAAGGCAACAAUUGGUGCCGACUUCCUCACCAAGGAAGUUAUGGUGGAUGACAGACUUGUCACUAUGCAGAUUUGGGACACGGCCGGACAAGAAAGAUUCCAGUCACUGGGUGUUGCGUUCUACCGUGGAGCAGACUGUUGUGUUUUGUGUUAUGAUGUCACAUCUCCCAACUCAUUCAAGUCUCUCGACUCCUGGAGGGAUGAAUUUCUUAUUCAAGCGUCACCUAGGGAUCCAGACCAUUUCCCAUUUGUUGUUCUUGGAAAUAAGAUUGAUUUGGAAAACAGGGCGGUGUCAACAAAGCGAGCGCAACAAUGGUGUCAUAGUAAAAAUGAGGUUCCUUAUUUUGAGACAAGUGCAAAAGAAGCCAUUAAUGUUGAGCUGGCAUUCCAAACUAUUGCCCGAAAUGCCUUGGCCCAAGAGUCUGAGGUAGAACUCUACAAUGAAUUCCCAGACCAGAUCAAGCUGACCAAUGACAACAAGGCUAAGCAAGAUGCAUGUUCUUGCUAAUGAUCACUGUAAUGGUAAGAAGUAGGAUGAUUUGUUGUUUAGGUACAAUCUAAAUUGUGUAAAGUCCUCAUGUACAAUGAUGUCCGUUACAUAUCCCAUUGCAUGACAUGGGGGUUCAAGCCAAUAGACAAGUAUAAUUCACAGUUUGCUAAGAGGCUGUGACAGUAUUAACUUUUUGUUAUAAUAUAGUACAUGUACCUAGUAAGAAAUACAAAUUGUUGCUUUCAUUAAACUGCAAUCACUUCCACGUUCACAUUACUGUACGUGACCCUAAAAGGGUUUUGUUUCUGCCAUUUCCCAAAUUUGCAAAUUUAGUUACAGUAUUUCCAAUUACUGUAUAUUUUGAGGGAAAGAUAAUCCACUUUUCCUCUUUCAGAUUUUUCUAGUUGAUAAGACGGAAGCACUCGGUUCCAUUUGUGAUAUUGGAGGUGUGAGUUCGGGAGAAGAGUUCUGGCUUAUGGCCUGGUCCAAGAACAUCAUUUGAGUGAUCUAACUCGUGACUAUUUUUACACUUGGAAUUUGAAGGUGCCGCAGAUGAUAGAUAAUUAAGAGUUUUGCCUCUUUGAACUACUGUUAGGAGUUUUGGUAUUUAAAUUGGUAAGUUUUCAUCAUUAAUACUUCUUAUUUGAACAUUAAGUGCUCAUAUAAGAUGAUUAUUUCUAGUUGAUCCCUCAAAGGAUGCUUUAGGAUGUUGGGCCUAAGCUAUCUUCUGCCAAACAUUUAGCUUCGGUGGAAGAUUGAGCAGACCCAAGUUGUGGAGGAAGUUCUGUUGUCACUAUUUCUUGUUUUGUUUUGUACUGUGCAAAACAAAAUAUCCUUUAUAGAUAUAUACAUAUAUAUAUUUAAAAUGUUUAUUGCUGCAGCACCACCACUGUGUUGACAGGAAGAUUGAAAUAAUUUUUAAAGGCAGAGAAAUUUGAGCUGUUAAGUGAAUGCUCAUAAUCUCAUUGUUGUAUAUCUUAGAAAUUAACCAUAUUCAAAUUAUAAUUUGACUGCUGGUCAAAACCUCACUUAGCAUAUUUUUUUUCUAAAGAGGUCAAUAGUUUUUGUUUGUGAAUCUAGCAAUUUUGUAAGUUGAAAUAAAAAAGUGAAAACAUAAUUACCAAGACUAAAAAAAAGUGCCUAAGUGUGCUGAAAAAAGAGUGUAAUAUAUGCAACUGUUCCAAUUUACAAUAUGAAUAAUCUAGAUAUGGCACCUAUUUUCCAUGUGAUGCAAAGUGCAACAAAUAUUGCAAGUUGGAUAUGAAUAUACCUUGUUUAAUAUUUUCUUAUCUUAAUUUUCAUCUGUGAAAUAUUAUGGACUAAAAUACAUUUGUAAUAUGUAUAUACCAUUCUUCUAGGAUAAAAUUUAAAAGAUAAAAGGGAUUUUGCAGGAUGUAGCCAUGGGUGCAUAAUGCAGCUAAACUGGCCGAUUCUAUUGAUGUAAUAUUGGGGCAGGAUAGUGUUGACAAAAUGAAAGUACCGGAAAUUUAAGAUAAACAUGGCCAAAAAUUAAUGAGAACCAAUAUUGAGUAGAAUUGGUUGUUCAAGGCAGGGAUGGAACCAUUCGAAUCAAUAUUGCUGAACAUUGGAUGAUUGUUGUGGAUGGUCUCAUAUUACUGUCUUAUGAAAUACUUAAAGCUAAGCUGGUAAGCCCUUAGACCUCUAACAUUUGAUUUUCAUUUUGCUGUUAUGUGAAUCAAACUUAGCUUUAAACAUUCCAAUGCUUUUACUAGCAUUGAAUGAGUGUUUAACCAUUAGAAACUCUAUUCUGCUCCAACACGUUACAUUUAUCCCUCCCACACCAAAGCUCGAAUUCUCUUAUUUUAUACUGUGAUUGUUAAAAAUCAGUUCAAAGUGGGUUUUCAUGAUUUUUAGAUAAAUUCAUUACCUGUACAUAAAUGUAAAGUAAAUCUUCAGUGUGUUAGGUAAUUAAGUAUUUCCUGUCAAUCGAUCUUUAUUAGAAUAUUUUCUUAGAGAACACAUGCUGGCUAUUUUCAAAUUUUAAUGGCUGACCGUGUAAUCUACUCGUGUGUACUCGGCAAGCUACCAUGGGGAACAGUCUUUCAUGAAUGUGCAACAGUUAUAAGGGAUCAUAUUAACUGAUUCAUCAUUAAGUGUUUUUCACUUGAUGUGGUGAUUGUUGCAUGAGUGUGAUUGGCUGAUUUGGAUUAUUGAAGGAUUAAAGAUCUAAAUCCUCAGGCCAAAAAUCAAAAGGUUUUUUUUCAGACAAAAUAUAACUGAGGAUAAUUAGUUAAAUACUAAAAUCUAAAUUGGUGGAAUUUAUGUGGUAGCCAACUGGAGUACUGGUAAAUGGAAAGAGUUGACUGUACAGGUAUGAAGUAAGGAGUGUGGUUCCCAUUGUUCCUGGGUGUAUGGCCAUAACUUAGACAGCUGGUUGUCUUGAUUACCAGGUACACCCACACUUUGCCAUUUCUUUAUCACUUGAAAAUAAUUUACUCUAAAUUCUGUAAGUGUAAUAUAUUAUAGUUUUGCAAUGUAUUCACUAAAAUGUGGUAAAAUCUGUAUUAUGUAUUAAAUAUGAAUGAGCCUC